AUGGCACCCGGCGCACUCAUCUCGGAGCCCCCGUCGACGAUCAACAUCGCGACAAAGCGGGCGCCCACCACCACCACCACCACCACCACCACCACCACCACCACCUCUAACGACCAAGCAGAUCGCUCCAUCUUCCCAGAUGGCAUCCGCACGUCGGGCCAGCAUAACCCCAUAUACUCCCUCCUCAGGCCCUACCAGGACUUUCCCAAAUCCAUCACGGGCCCGACGGUCUGGCACAAGGAGCAGUUCGAAGCCGACCCUGCGUCCUGGACGCACCGCUUCACGCCGUCGGAGAUAGCCGAGCUCGGCGCCACGGCCGACGCCUUCAUGGCCAGCGGCGUCGACCUGACAGGCAUCUCCAAGGCCAACUUCCCACUGCCGACGCUGCAGCGGACGCUAGACGCGCUGCGGGCGGACCUGCUGGACGGCAAGGGCUUCGUGCUGUUCAAGGGCUUCCCCGCGACCGAGUGGGGCGCGCUCAAGACGGCGACGGCGUACAUGGGCCUGGGCACGCACCUGGGGUACUUUGUGUCGCAGAACGGGCGCGGCCACGUGCUGGGCCACGUCAAGGACGUCGGCGACGACGCGGGCCAGAUCCACCGCGUGCGCAUCUACCGCACCGCCGCGCGGCAGUUCUUCCACGCCGACGACGGCGACCUCGUCGGCCUGCUGUGCGUCCACCGCGCCGCCGAGGGCGGCGAGUCGGACCUCGUCAGCGUCCACGCCGUCUGGAACGAGCUGCAGCGGAGCCACCCCGACGUCGCCGAGCUGCUGACCAGGCCCAUCUGGUACUUUGACCGGAAGGGCGAGGUGAGCGAGGGCCAGGAGGAGUGGACCAGGCAGCCCGUGUUCUACCUCGAGCCCGGGGGCAAGGGCAGGGUGUACUGCAAGUUUGAUCCGUACUACGUCCGCAGCUUGACGAGGUUUUCCGACAGGGGAAUCAUCCCGCCGCUGAGCGACGAGCAGAAGCGCGCCGUCGAGAUCCUCGAGGAGACGUGCCAGCGGCUGGCCCUGCACAUGAUCCUAGAGGUUGGGGAUAUCCAGUUCCUGAGCAACGCGCACAUAUUACACGCCAGGACGGCGUACAAAGGUGAGAGUCCCUCGGGCGUGCUUGUAACUUGUCGCGGUACUGUUUCUCCGUCAGAUGGGGACCGUGUUUCUAACCCGUCGUCGCCGUGGUUUGUUGCAGAUUUCCCGCCGCCAGCGCCAAGGAGACAUCUUCUCCGUCUGUGGCUGUCAACGCCGGAUAACGAGGGCGGCUGGGUGCUCCCAUUUCCCGACAGUGGGGAGAAGAAACGCGGUGGAAUCCAGGUCAACAAUACGCCGCCACGAUGCCCGCUUGAUGCGGAAUAG